UAUUCGAGCAAAGCAAAUAGCUUGAGUGAUCUAUAAAAUAUGGCGCAUACUCCGACGUAAACUCAGUGAAUCCUAAGUUGUUCUACCUCAAAUCACAAGUAACCAGCACGUUAUCAGCUUAACAUAAUGAAAUCCUUCUGCAUCUUGGCAAUAUUCGCGGUCUUCUGCGUGCUGGGAAGUUUGGCCGCUCCAUCAUACGGCGGAGGAUACGGUGGUGGCCAUGCCACGAUUCACACGUACGCCGCUAAGGCCCCGGCAGUCAAGUGCGGUUCCAGUCUGCUGGUAGGAUGUGCCCCACAGGUGGCGCAUGCCCCCUGCAGCCCAAGCAAGAGCGGCGGUGGAUACGGCGGAGGACACGCCGCUGCUUCCUAUGGCGGCGGACACGCUGCCCCGGCUCCUUCCUAUGGUGGCGGAUACCGAGCCUUCGAACAUGAAGUCGACGAACUGGAGGAGUGAACAUAGCGCAGCUGGAAAGUUGGUUUGAAUGCGUCGUGGACAGAGGAAUUUGUUUCUUGUGAACAGUGACCCAAAAUUAUUCAGUAUUCUAUACAGAACAUUUGUUUCGAAAUCGAUAAGAUAAUAAAUUUUGUAAACUAGUAAUCUAA